CAAUCGCAACGAUCGAUCAGCAUGCAGAAGGAAGCGCGGCGCAUACUUGACGACGCGCGUACCGACGUGAGUGGAGAACGAUGCUUGCUCCGUGUGCUAGAUGCAAUCACAGAUUCUGAGUCGCAUGCAUUGAGUCAACUCCUCAUGGCUGGCUUGAACGACAUGGCGGACUGCGCGGUAUUCUCCCGCAACUUGUUGCUUCAUCAUGUCAGUCGAGUGGCUUCUCUUCGUAACCUAUCUGAUGAAAAGGCAGAGUAUGUCGGGUAUGCCUUGGCAUCACUGGCGUAUUCCCUGUGGACGACAUUCUCGUCUGACGUUGCCUGUGACGAUGUCAACAAAGCUCUUUCGCGCGCGUCACUCGGACACGACAUGGUACUUGUGGGCGUCACCGCGUAUAUUGAAGAGGCCCUGGCGACUCUGCCGUCUGGAAAUCGCCAAGCGCUCCUCUCGUGCUUUCGCCAAUUCGUUCUUCGCACGCUCGGCAGUCCAUCCACCUCCCCUCUUGCCAAGCAAACCGUGGCAUCGGCCAUUGUCCGGCUAGGAUGGAGUGUGGACAGCAUGUCCCAGCGCGUUUUUGUCGUCGAGACUCUUCUCCGCACGGUUGAGCUGCUUCCCAUCGACUCGAAGGUUGCGUCGACUGUCCUCCUCAGCACCGUGGAUCUUGCCACUUCUGUGGUGGACUCCAGCGUUCAUGUUGCCAUUGCGGUGGCCCUCUUGAGCCGUCUGCCGCACGUCCAAGCUCAAAGGAGCGGCACCCUCCAUCUCCUCCUCGCUCUCGAAUCGCUCCUCACUGCCGCCCCUCUCGUGGCCUGGAACGACGAUUCGGACGUACUUGGGAUGGUCGCAUUUCAACUCGCCACCGUGCGCACUCCUGUCGAGCAGGCCGUGCUUCUGCGUGUUGUCCGCACUCUCUUGAAUGCCGUGCCAGACACCACCCGCUCUCGACACGUCUAUGCGGAAGUGUUGUUUGCCCCGUUGCUCCAGUUGCUGCCCGCGUCGGCGUCGCACGUGCAGCAACUCCAACACGUAACGACACAAGUGCCGUUCGAGCCAUGUCCCAUGUCCACUGACGACGUGAUGCCCUCACAAUCGUUGAGCCCGCACUACCCCCUAGUGCAUCUUCUUUCCACGAUGGUACGCACGGCGGAGACGACCACGAUCGUGGCAUGGCUGGCCGACGCCGCGCUCCAACUCAGCAACACGUCAAAUCGACCACCUUACGACGUCCACGUUGUUCUCGUCAACAGCGCUUUACUCUUCCACCCAUCGCCUCUUGUGCAAGACGCAGCGAUCGCCACCGCCAAGGCGGGGGUCCUGGCAUGGCCAGCCGCGGGUCGGGUGUUUGUGCCGUGCGUUGUGUACGUACUAGCGAGUCGUCCGGUGUCGUCGGAGCCCGUCCUCGCGCUUCUGCAUGUCCUCUUGGCAUCUGCCAAAGAUUCCGAGUGCAUGAAGACUGUCUUGAAGACGAUCAAGGCACUGGCGGACGCGCCAUCCACCAAGCCGCUGGCGCUGCGGCUGUUGUACCAGGUGUGGACUGUCGAAAGCCGCGUGUAUCCCAGGCUCGAAGAAAUGCUGGCAACGCCUCCGGAAGACGACAGCGUCGAGUGGCAAGUGUGCCACCUGUACACGAUCUUGCAGCUGUGCCAAGCACGCGGAGACCUCGGCCUUGCGUUCAUUGCGACGAUUCAAACGUCGCUCGAGCAUGCCCUGCCGUCCAUGGUCGGUAUGGCUGUGGCGUGCGUUCGUGCGCUGUGCGUCGGCGAUUGCCUCGAUUAUGCCGCAGCAUGCAAGAUCCUUGCCACAAAACAGCGCAAGAACAAGAUUCUUCGAAUGGACCAUCCCCUGUACCAAGAAGAAUUGUGCCACUUGUACGGCAUCGGCGGGACCAUUGUGUCUGGGAAGCCCGCGUUUUUGGACCAACUGUGGGCAUUUGCGACCGACCGCGCCGCGUACUCGCAUCCGUCCGUACGCGCGGCUGCUGUUCGCGCGCUGACGCAGUUCCCACUUCACUGGAUUGGCCUCAAACUCGUGUCGUCGGUCGAUUUGACCGUCGCGCCGUCCGAAUCGGAAGACCACGUGGUCGAACUCGCCAUCGAUCGGUUGCUUCACGCCAUGACGCACGAACCCGACGCGGACGUUCGCUGCGCGCUCGACGCCUUGGUCAAACGCGUGGGCGAAGACGAGGCGAUGCAGCCGCGCAAACGGUUUGUGGCCGAGCGCACGUCGGGCGGAGCGUCGCGCGAAAUGCGCAACCUGCUGCCGACGCAUCCUGUGUUGCGGCAAAUGUACAACGAUGCGGUGCCGUUGAUGAUGCGACAGGCCCUGGCUGGCGCUGUCUUGACGUCGUUUGUGUGGACGCCGCCCGACGACAGCACUCGAAAACGCAAAGACAAAGCUGUCAAGGCCAUGGAAGCGACAUGGGCAGACGCGACGGCGUUGCGAAGUCAACUGCGCGAUGAAGCAGGCACGAGCGAGUGCAACGACGAGUGGCCGCUGCGCCUCGCCCAUAUCGUGUCAUGGGAGCACUUUAUGACGCAGUACGUGGCGCUACGGCAUGCAAAGGACGCGAUCACCCGAGACGACGGCGGUGCCGAGAAGUUGGCGCUCGACUUGGUCGCGGCUCACAGCAGCAACCCGAACGACUACUUGAUGGCGGGGGUCCUCGCGCGCAGCUUGCCGUCCGACCUGCACGUGCUGUCAAAUCGAAUCGUCGAGAUGGUGUUGCGAUCGCUGAGUUUGUCGUUGGUCCAGAGGUCGGACGCGGUCGUGCGCGACAUCGACGGGCCCGUGCAUGCAAUUGUGGCGCUCGGAGUUGCGACCCAGGGCGCUCUCGGCUUGCACGAACACUUGGUGGACGAGGUCUGCGACAAACUGGUCGGGAUUUUGCACGCGGACAAUGCCGAGCUCGUGCCGGCAUGCCUCUUGUCCCUUGGACACGUUGUGCAGUCGUUAAUGCUCAAGCAAGUGGCACCGAGCCUCAUGCGUCGGCUCUUCUUCACGCUUGUGGUGCAUCUGGUGGACGCUGCCGUGGUUCGCGACGCCGCUGUCGAGUCGACCAACGACGAGGCGUUGUUCCAAGUCCAGCACCUCGUUGUCAGAUCGAGACCCGACAAAGCCAUACUGACCGCCACCUCGACCGCGCUGGCGUUGGCGAGCGAGGGCUGCAUGGCAUGCCAGCAUUCCGAGUGGCUCACGGGCAUUCGUGAGUUGCUUCUUGCGUUGUGCGAAAAGGGAUGUUCCGAAGUGCUGACAGCACUGCCUGUCGUCUUGUUGCAGUGCCUGCAGUUUGAACUCAUUGGAUGGCCGGAAGUUGACGCAUUUGUCGACGUGUGUGCAGCCGCCGCGGGUUUAAACGAAGGGACCGAGCAGCUUUCUCCAACGCCGGAAGCCCUGGUCGCGCUGCCGUACUUGCUCUGCCGCACCCAACCACUGGGUCACAUCACGUCGCCCGAUUUGCCUCGGCAGCUCCUCGCCCGCCUUCUCGACAUUGCGCAUGACACGUCCAGACAGUACGAUGCUUCCGCGAGAGCUUACGCAACGUUCGGGCUCGCCAACAUGCUGGGCGCUGGCCUCGCCAUGGACGUGCGGCCAACCGUGUGGAAGGGGAUGCUGGUGUCGCGCAUCGACGCUGAAAAAGCCAUCGACUGCCUCACCACGUCGGCCAGUUUGUGCGCAGUCCAGCGCGUCCGCAUUCAUGCGGUAUGGGCGCUGGGAGCACUGUCGGCGCUCGGGUCAUCCGGCGAUUCCUUCCAGCUCAAAAAUGCAGGUAUGGACGCCGGACUUCAAUUGCCGCCGUCCUCGGCCACGUACAAGCUCCUGGACAUGCUGCGGCACGUCAAGCAGCCGACAGUGGCCGAUGCGUCAUGGAUUGCGAGUGCUUUUGCGGGCCUGUCUGUCUGUCAAGUCCCGACGUUCCAUUACGCCACCCUGGUCCAGCGCCUGUGGAAAGCCCGGCUCGGCGACAACGUCGCGCGCGCGGCCCUCACGUUUGCCUUCCGGCACUGUGUCCAUGACCCGUCGCUGCUGAGUUUCAUCGUGGAAUUGGCCGCCGCGCCCCGAUUCCGCCAUCUUUCCAUCGCUGUCCAAGCCGCGUUCAUUGAGCACGUGCCGGCCUUGGCCAAGCUCGUCGCACCCCAUCAACUGCAUUCGAUUCUGACCAACUUGCUCGACGUGUUGUCGACCCACUUCGACGCGAUCGUGGACGCCAUCGCGAUGUGUGCGACGGCGGCGGCGACCCCCACCGUGUCGGCCGUGUGUGCUGAAAUCCUUCUGGACUGCGUGUUUCCUCGGCUCGCUGCCGACGUGGCGAUGCCAGCUGCGUCGCCGUCAUCGUUCGCGCCAUUCCAAGCGUUCACUCGAGCCGUUUUCCACGUCGAUCGUCACCUUGCCAAGGCACGAUUCCUCGACGCAUUGCGACAGCACCCAGAGACAGCACACGCUGCUUUUGUGUGCAUGAUGGAGCUGUUCCGCCUCGGGGGGUGCGAGCCCAAGGAGGUCCGGGUCGCGACCAUGCCCUUCCUAGCGGGAUGUGACAGCGCCGACCUCGUUGAAACCAUCGUUGUGCAUGCCUCGACGAGCCUCACCCGACUUCAACCCAACGACCAGCUCUUGUGGCUCAUGGACUUGAUCAAUUGGGUCGGGCUCAAGUUGUCUGCUCGGACGACUCCGUCGUCGUCGACUGGCCAUGGUCUCCUUACUGUCCUCUUGGGGGCGCUCUGUGUGCGGUGGUGUCCCGACCGUGCGAUUCAAGCGCAGUGGCUGUGGCUGCAGAAUCGAGUCGCCCACGUGGCGGCCGUGUUGCCAGCCGCAUUUGUCCACGUGCUGUCGAAACUCCACGUCACGGUCGACGCUAGAGCUGCCGACGGCCUCGCCGCCCAGUUGGUCGUGCUGGUCCAGCAACUUUCCGACUCCACCCACAAAGGCAUCGAGUCUGUCUACGAAGCGAUCGUGUCGUAUGCGUACGUGGCGACGACAAACGUCCGCAUCGACGGCGUCGCAUUCCUUGAACACUUUGGCAUCUAAAGGUCGGGUGAGGAAUCCAUGGAACGUGGAAUGUUUCCAUCGUGCUGUUGACAAUAAUCGAGAUCCCCUGAGAACGAUUUUGCGUGCGCCUUGCUGCGUGCAUGGACGCCUUGUAGACCAAUUCAAGGUUGG